AGCGCUGUUGGUAAAGGGAAAGAAGCUGUCAGGGGUGACCCUAACUGUGUAACCCAGCUGGCAGCAUGGCUAAGAAAAAGAAGCUUGGCUUAAUCGCCGAGAUGGCCAGAAAGAUUCGCGCCUAUAGGGAACUCAAGAGCCAGCCCCGGGACUCCCAGAAGUAUGCCUUGGACUACCAGACCAUGACUCGCCCCCUUACUGGGAAACGUCUACCAGUCCUAGCAUGGGAGGAUGUGAGAAACGAGAAACGUUUAUUCACACUGCUUACCGGUCUGCGUUCCUUUGGUAUUGGGAGAGUGGUGACAAGGAAGUCCUGGCUGGAACAGUAUGAUGAACCAUGUUAUUGGACAAUUACAAAGGUCAAAGUAGAUUAUACGGCUGAGAACAUGGACCAUGGAAAGGCUUGGGGCUACUUAACAUUUAGAGGCAAGCCUGAGAAUGAAGUUAAAGAAAUCCCUAAAGUCAUGUACCAUGACUGGCGCAUUGUGCCAAGGCAUGAAGAGGAGAACUUCAAGAGUUUCACCCCAGUGCCAGAACCAGAACCAGUCAGAUAUGUGCCAUACCCGCCUCUUAUGCGGGCCAUGAUCCUUGCACAGAUGCAGAAAGAAGGGAAACCAUUGACUGAACCUAUGAUAGAUCUUCAAAGGCCAAGUUUCUUCCCUAAAGACUAUUUUGAGAAAAAGAGGGAAGCCAGAGAGGGGACAGCGGUCUGAUAAGGACUUGGCCAGUUUUGGGGAGCUUCAACCACUUGGCAAUCUACUGUUCCACAUCAUACAGUCUUUCAUGUAAACAUCUUGUGGAAGAAAAUUAUUCGGAAUUGGUGUACAAGGGUGUUUAGAUUUCAGUGGGACUGGCAGGAGGCUUGGAAAGAAAUACAAACACUCAGUUAUUUUUUUGCAGAGUCCUCAUUAAAAGUUUGAUUCUGCAGUAAAUUAACCAUAAAGAAGUAACAGGCAGUUAAUGGUUGUUAAAGUCAAAUUAUUAUUAUAAAAUAAACAUAUACUGUUUUCUACAAAUAGAAUAUUUUGUAUUACUGUAAUUAGGUGAGCUAGCUGGCACAUUGCUAAUUACUGGUAGCUGCAGUGUCUGGUUCUGACAAGUAGGAGGAGCCCCUGACCUACAAAAGCGCUCACUCACCCUACUAGUUCACAUGACCCAUUAAUACUGUCUCAAGCUUCUUGUUAAGCAAAUUCUAAUUUAGUUUCUCUUAAUUGGGUCACUGCUGUUUCCAGUCUUUUGCAAUUGGAGUAGUGUGAUUUGCUGCUGGUGACAAUACACCCAGUAUGCAAUUGCCCCAUAGCGCGGCCUGGUUUAUUGUGUUCCGUGGACCCUGUACAUAUUUAUGAUUUGCCGUAAGCAGUCAACCACAAAACCGUUUCAAAUUAUAAUAUUUCACUUUCUAGAAGUGGGACUAUGGGUUAUGCUCCCAAAACAUGACUUGGUGAUGUAAUAAACGUACAGGGAUCCUCCCCACUUCACUGG